GACCUCCACCACCACCUCCACCACCAGCAGCAGCAGCAGCAGCAGCAACGCACUCAAUGCGCCCUGUUAGGGUCAUCUGGAGGAGCUGAGAGGAGAGAGUAAAGAGAGAGAGAGGGAGAGAAGGGAGGAAGGAAGGAAGGAAGGAAGGAAGGAGGGGGGGACUGGCAGUAGGAGAAGAGAAGCUACAGCUAAGCGAGCGCCUGGGACCCACAGGCAGACAGACAGACAGACAGACAGACAGACACAGACAGGCGGCCGGAGCACCAGCCAUGAACUUAGUGGAGCCCCUUCGGUGAAGCCACAGAAAGGGCUCUGGUGGUGGUGGUGGAGGAGGAGGAGGAGGAGGAGAUGGACUGCGGUUCACUGCGAGAUACCAUCAGGCGUUGGUGUUCUGGUGAAGAGAACUGGGUGGAUAAUCGCACAGUUUAUAUUGGACAUCGUGAGCCCCCUCAAGGCACUGAUGCUUACAUACCUCAAAGAUAUCCUGACAACAGAAUUGUGUCUUCAAAGUAUACUUUCUGGAACUUCAUUCCCAAGAACCUGUUCGAACAAUUCAGAAGAAUUGCUAACUUCUAUUUUCUUAUCAUAUUCCUUGUACAGUUGAUCAUUGACACUCCAACCAGCCCAAUAACCAGUGGGCUUCCUCUUUUCUUUGUCAUCACCGUAACAGCAAUCAAGCAGGGUUAUGAAGACUGGCUCCGACAUAAGGCAGAUAAUGCGGUGAACAAAUGUCCCGUUCAUGUAAUCCAGCAUGGCAAAAUAGUUCGAAAACAAAGUAGAAAAUUGCGGGUUGGAGACGUUGUGAUGGUAAAAGAAGAUGAAAGCUUUCCCUGUGACAUGAUAUUCUUAUCUUCGAGCAGGAUCGAAGGGACCUGCUUUGUUACCACUGCCAGCUUGGAUGGAGAGUCAAGUACAAAGACAUACUAUGCUGCUCAAGACACAAAGGCGUAUCACACUGAAGAAGAAAUAGACUCAUUGAAUGCUACAAUUGAAUGUGAACAACCUCAACCUGAUCUUUACAAGUUUGUUGGCCGAAUAAAUAUUUACCAUGAGACAGAGGAACCCAUUGUAAGGCCUUUAGGAUCCGAAAACGUUCUACUGAGAGGAGCUACAUUAAAAAAUACAGAAAAGAUCUAUGGUGUGGCAAUAUACACAGGCAUGGAAACCAAGAUGGCAUUGAAUUAUCAAUCCAAGGCACAGAAACGGUCAGCUGUGGAAAAAUCAAUGAAUGCUUUCCUAGUUGUGUACUUGUGCAUCCUGAUCAGCAAAGCUUUAAUAAACACAAUCCUGAAAUACAUCUGGCAAAGUGAAACUAUCCGGGAUGAGCCUUGGUAUAACAUGAAAACUGAUAUAGAUCGACAAAAAAACAAGUUUUUGAAAACAUUUACAGAUUUUCUCGCCUUUAUGGUUCUCUUCAACUACAUUAUUCCAGUGUCUAUGUAUGUUACUGUGGAAAUGCAAAAAUUCCUUGGUUCCUAUUUCAUUACUUGGGAUGAAGAUAUGUACGAUGAAGAAAUUGGUGAAGGACCAAUAGUGAAUACAUCUGACCUGAAUGAAGAAUUGGGCCAGGUAGAAUAUAUCUUCACAGAUAAAACAGGAACCCUAACAGAAAAUAACAUGGAGUUUAUUGAGUGCUGUAUAGAUGGCCAUGUCUAUGUUUCACACUCGAUAUGCAACGGGCAGAGCCUUUCUAGCAGUUCUGGGAUAGAUCUCAUUGAUGCACCGUCUGGAAUGGCUGAAAUGGAAAGGGAGGAAUUAUUUUUCCGAGCUCUCUGCCUUUGCCAUACCGUCCAGGUUAAGGAAGAAGAUCAAGUAGAUUAUCAGAAAAAAUUGCGGCAGCAACCUGGGAGAUCAUCUGUGUACAUUUCCUCUUCUCCAGAUGAAAUAGCCCUGGUGGAGGGCGUAAAGAGACUCGGGUUCACAUUCUUACGACUAAAGAACAAUUACAUGGAGAUUUUGAAUCGAGAGACUGAAAUUGAAAGGUUUGAAUUGCUUGAGAUCUUGAGUUUUGAUUCUGUCAGACGACGAAUGAGUGUGAUUGUAAAAUCAAGUACAGGGGAGAUAAUCCUUUUCUGCAAAGGAGCAGAUUCAUCUAUUUUCCCCAGAGUGACAGAAGGCAGGAUGGAACAAAUCCAGUCCCAAGUAGAACAUAAUGCAGUGGAGGGACUACGGACUCUGUGUGUGGCUUACAAAAUUCUGAGUCAUGAAGAAUAUGAUGGUAUUUACAAACUCCUACAGAGCGCGAAACUUGCCCUCCAGGAACGCGACAGGAAGCUUGCAGAAGCUUAUGAUAUUGUUGAAAGGGAUCUGCAUUUAAUUGGAGCGACAGCUGUGGAAGACAGACUUCAAGACAAAGCAGCAGACACUAUUGAAUCUUUGCAGAAGGCUGGGGUGAAAGUUUGGGUGUUGACAGGAGACAAGAUGGAAACUGCUGCAGCCACAUGCUAUGCCUGCAAACUUUUCAGGAGGAAUACACAAUUAUUGGAGCUGACCACAAAGCGAAUAGAAGAGCAGAGCUUACAUGAUGUGCUCUUUGAUUUAAACAAAACCAUAAUCCGACACAGUGGCACCUUACGAAGAGACAGUAUAUCAGGAUUUUCUCAGAAUGAUUUACAAGAUUAUGGCUUGAUCAUUGAUGGGGCCACACUAUCACUGGUAAUGAAACCUGCAGAAGACGGCAGUUCAAGCAAUUACAAAAAUAUAUUUCUGGAGAUAUGUCGCAAUUGCAGUGCAGUAUUAUGCUGUAGGAUGGCACCUUUACAAAAAGCACAGAUAGUUAAACUAAUCAAAUGUUCAAAAGAGCGCCCUAUAACGUUAGCAAUUGGGGAUGGAGCUAAUGAUGUUAGUAUGAUUUUGGAAGCUCAUGUUGGUAUAGGUUUAAUGGGGAAAGAAGGACGGCAAGCUGCGAGGAAUAGUGAUUAUGCUAUUCCCAAAUUCAAACAUCUCAAAAAGCUGAUGCUUGUACAUGGGCACUAUUAUUACAUUCGAAUAGCAGAGCUUGUCCAGUAUUUCUUCUAUAAGAAUGUUUGCUUCAUAUUUCCUCAGUUUUUGUACCAGUUCUUUUGUGGAUUUUCUCAACAGCCAUUGUAUGAUACUGCAUAUCUUACAUUGUACAACAUCAGCUUCACUUCCCUUCCCAUCCUGUUGUACAGCCUGAUGGAACAGCAUGUCAGUAUUGACAUACUGAAGAGAGACCCGUCACUGUACAGGGACAUUGCCAAAAAUGCCUUGUUACGUUGGCGGUUGUUUAUAUACUGGACAUUCCUGGGGGUGUUUGAUGCAGUGGUGUUUUUCUUUGGUGCUUAUUUCCUCUUUGACAAUUCAACCAUGACCAGUAAUGGGCAGAUGUUUGGAAACUGGACAUUUGGGACCCUUGUCUUCACUGUGCUGGUGUUUACAGUAACUCUUAAGCUUGCACUAGAUACUCACAACUGGACAUGGGUAAACCACUUUGUUAUAUGGGGCUCACUGCUGUUUUACAUCAUCUUCUCCCUUCUCUGGGGAGGCAUUAUCUGGCCCUUCCUCAACUACCAGAGAAUGUACUAUGUCUUCAUGCAAAUGUUGUCAAGUGGGCCGGCUUGGUUAGGUAUUUUCCUGCUGAUAACAGUCAGCCUCCUUCCAGAUGUGGUUAAAAAAGUGCUUUGCAGGCAGCUUUGGCCAACAGCAGCAGAAAAAGUUCAGAAUGCUCUUAGGAAUCCCACGAGGGACCAUAUGUCGGAGUUCACCCCACUGGCCUCUCUUCAGUGCUCCAGCUACAAGAGCAAUGACCAAAACACUCAUCAAGCUGCAAGGUCUGUCUCAGUUCAGAAUUCCAGUAAGGUGAUGUACACAUAUUGGGGUGGUGAGGAUUAUUAUAAUCAAUCGCUAUUUGAUUAUUCUAGUGCUCCCUGCACCUCUAAUGCAUACUGCACCUUUACUGGAUCUGGCGUGGAAACUUCAGUUUAGUCUAGAAAAUGUAGCCUAUACUGGUUUCUUGAACUUAAUCACUCCCGUGUUAUUAAGAUGCGAAGACUUGAGAGAUCUCUUGGCUCCAGAGGUUUGAAGUACCCUUUAGAAACACGAACAAGACAAUUGUGCAUCCUUCCUAGGCCAAUAGACUUGUCACUACUGAUGAAGAAUUGAACAAUCUGCACAGUCUGGUACUGUGUGGCUGGUGUUACUACAACACUUCUUUGCCCUUUGUGCUGCUUCUACUUGUUGUCAACUAGUAUUACUCAAAACCUAUUUGAUUCUUCAGACAACCCAAUCCUCAAAUAUUUCCCAUCUUAUUUUCAUCCAGGACUGGCAGCAUUCCAUCGAGGUGACAUUGGUUACCUUUUCUACCAGUCUGCCAGAUAACAGCGUUCUGUUCGUUACUGUUUAUUUUGUAAUGAGCUAAUGAUGCUUUAUUUUUUGCUUUCCGCAGAACAAACUGGUGUUUCCUGUGUGCAAACCUCUUUUCAAGGAACGCUCCUUGACAUUACUUUUCAUC